AAAACGCUGAUGUUGCCAAGGCGUGGAUAUAGAUGUUACAUAAUCCACGGAUCCACCGUAAACAGUGCCCGCGUUCCUUCUCUUGUCACUACUUCCUCAAAUGCGCCAUGGCUGCCACUCAGAAGCUCUACCCCCGCGGGACUGUCAAGCGCAUCGUUAAGGCUCAUUCUAAUAAGAGCGUGAGUAAGAACGCUGAUAUCCUGAUAUUUCUAGAUUACAUGCUGUUUAUGCAAGAAUUGAUGCGCGAGGCUUCCAUCCGAUCUCGCAAGUCCGGCGAAAAGAAUAUCUCAGCAAAUUCCAUCCGCAAGGUCACCGAGAAAUCCCUGCGCAAAUACCAAGGAUGAUUGAACCUGAAACCGAGUCAUUUC